AUGGGGUGCGCAUCUAGUCGAGAAAAACUAAGUGUAGAAGAAAUUGCCAUCAUCCAGAUGGAAGAACAGCUUGAGUUCUUUAAAAACACUGUCAGAGACGUUGAUAUGUGUUUUAAAAAAAAUUCUGAUUUAGAGCAUGCUUCACCAGCACAAUGGGAAAGUAUCUCAAUUAUCCUUGGGAUCAAGAUAAAAAAUACCUAUCAAUGCCCUAAAGCAGAAACUCUAUACCAGCACUAUACAUUAGAAGACGGAAGAAUUAUAGUUAGACCUUUGCUUAUUUUAGGAAUAAUGCUCAGCAGCGGCACCGCAAGGAGGAAAGCAAGACUUAUAUUCGAGCUAUAUGACAGAAAUAACACAAAAGUCUUGCCAAAGUCAGAAAUUCAUGAAAUUAUCCGUCUUAUACUUGAUCUUUCUCUUAUCCGUUUGCCUGAGUUAGUUUCUAAUAAAACUAGACCAUGCGCCUCAGAAGCCAGAAUAAAAGCCUAUGUCCAGUCCAUUUUGACCUGUAGAGAAGCUGCUGAGCAAGGUAUGUUUGAAAAAUUCAUGGGCUUAGAAAACCUUGCAAACGAAACUAUCGAUAAAGAUGAAUUUAUAAAGCAUUUUGCAGACGAAGAAACUGCAAGGCUGACAGCCCCUUACGCAGUCAGACUUUUUGCGUUACGUUAUAAUGAACUCAAUAGUAAUCGCGAUAAGAAUUAA